AUGAACUUAUAUUACCAUGACUUGGAGACAAUUGAGCGUCAUAUAUUCGUAAAGGGAUUUUAUAGUAAAUAUGUUACGUGGGAGUAUCAUGGGGAAGAUAUCACAGAAGUAAACGAAGACCGAGAGGACCUAGAAACAAAUAGUGAAGAAGACGAAAUAUCAUGUGAUAGUGAUAAUGAAGACGAUGACGAUAUGAUACCAGCAUUAGAAGAUUUAGCUAAUCAAUAUCAUCAUAAUAGUGAUUUUGUGAACCUUGGAGAUUCAAAUGAGCACAAUGAUGAAAGGAAUACAUUGCCUGACUUAUUUGCAGAAGCAGAAAAUGAGUUAUACUUUGGAUGUACAACGUUCUCAAUCUUAACAUUUAUUGUUAAUCUAAUGCACAUUAAAGUGAUGUGUGGUUGGAGUAACAAAUCUUUUGAUUUGUUGCUCGACUUACUUUCGAAAGCAUUUCCCAAAGACAAUAAAAUUCCACGAUCUUAUUAUGACGGUAAGAAAAUGUUGCGUGAUCUUGGUUUAGGGUACGAAACUAUUCAUGUAUGUGAGUAUGAUUGUGCUUUAUUUUGGAAAGAGAAUAAAAAUGCUGAAAGAUGUCCUAUAUGUGGUCAUGAACGAUACAAAUUCCAAGGAACUAAAGGCAAGAAGAUCCCACACAAAAAGAUGCAAUAUUUUCCUAUAACUCCACGACUACAGAGACUUUUUAUGUCACGUCAUACAUCAUCUGAUAUGAGGUGGCAUAAGGAAGAACGUGUUGAUACAGAAGGUGUACUUAGACACCCGACAGAUGCAGAGGUUUGGAAGGAUUUUGAUAGACAAUAUCCAGAUUUUGCAAAAGAAUCUAGAAAUGUAAGGCUUGGAUUUGCAACAGAUGGGUUCAAUCCAUUCGGUGAUUUAUCAAACUCGUACACAAUAUUGUGGACGAUCCAUGAUUUUCCAGCAUAUGGUACUGUAUCUGGGUAUAGCACUCAAGGUUAUAAAGCUUGUCCUGUUUGUGAAGAUGACACGUCUUCAUUUCGAAUAAGAGGAAAAACAUGUUUCAUGGGUCAUCGUCGAUAUUUGUGUCCGAACCACCAAUGGCGCAAUGAUAUGGAGUAUGAUGGUACAAUCGAACGGCGUUCACCUCCAAGGAUUUUAACAGGAGAUGAAAUCUUAGAUAAAUUAAAGGGUGUAUGGAAAUGUAGGGCAGGUAAAAAUGAUAAGAUCAUUAAGGACGAUAAGCAACAAAUGAAGGAUGCAUGUUAUGAAAAUAACACGAACUGGAGGCGAAAAAGUAUUUUUUGGGAGUUAGAAUAUUGGCCUAAAUUAAAACUAAGACAUAAUUUGGAUGUGAUGCAUAUUGAGAAAAAUAUAUGUGAUAGUGUAGUUGGUACAAUAUUUAGUAUUGAUGGGAAGUCUAAAGAUACUGAAAAGGCAAGACUUGAUUUACAAGAUUUAAAUAUUCGUAAGCAGCUACACAUGAAAAAGAAGGGGAACAAAUGA